AUGAGGUACGGAAACCUCAACGACGAGGGACUGAUUCCUCCAUCGGCUUUCACCGGAUCGAGUCUUCCCAUAGAUAAUGUGAGAAUCGAAGAGUUUGAAGUGUUUGACCUGCGAUUUCCGACCAGUCUCGAUGCAUCAGGGUCCGAUGCCAUGAAUCCGGCAGGAGAUUACAGUGCUGCCCACAUCCAGCUUAAAACCAAUACGGACCUCACAGGUCACGGUAUAUGCUUUACGAUCGGACGAGGUAACGACCUCUGCGUUGCUGCCGCUGGUCAGAUUGCAGAACGACUUGUCGGCAAGACACUAGGUGAUCUGACCAAGAACAUGGGUGAAACAUGGCGUCAUCUUGUGGCUGAUUCUCAGCUUCGAUGGGUAGGCCCCGAGAAAGGAGUCAUACAUCUCGGACUGAGCGCCUGUGUCAACGCGCUUUGGGACCUUUGGGGCCGGUAUCUUAAUAAGCCGAUCUGGAAACUAGUUUCUGAUAUGACCCCGGAAGAGCUCGUCGCCUGCGUUGAUUUCAGAUAUACUCUCGACGCUAUUACCCCGGAUGAAGCGAUAAAGAUAUUAAAGGAACAAGAGAAGACGAAGGCAGCUAGGUUCGAGGACGCACAGAAGAGCGAGGCCGUCCCGGCGUACUCGACCCAAGCUGGCUGGCUUGGUUUCAGUGAUGAACGGAUGAUAGAACUGAUCAGCUCAAACCUUGCCGAGGGAAUUGAUAAAUUCAAACUUAAAGUUGGUGGUAACCUACAGGACGAUAUUCGCCGGGUCAAGAUUGCACGAGACACGAUUGGCUACGAUCGUACGAUGAUGCUUGAUGCCAACCAGAUUUUCAUCGAGGAACCGACCUCUCCUGAUGACAUUCUUGGGCAUGCGACCAUUCGCAAAGCGCUCGUACCCUAUGGUGUCGGUGUAGCAACCGGCGAGCACUGUCAAAACCGUGUCAUCUUCAAGCAGUUAUUGCAAGCUGGCUCUAUAGACUACUGCCAGAUAGAUGCAUGCAGACUCGGAGGCGUCAAUGAGGUUUUAUCUGUGCUGCUGAUGGCGAAAAAAUUUAAUGUGCCAAUCGUGCCACAUAGUGGAGGCAUUGGCCUCAACGAAUAUACGCAACAUCUUGCCCUUCUCAACUACAUUUGUAUAUCGGGCGAGAAGAGUCUUCUUGAACACAUUAACUCUUUCAGCGAAGUUUUGAAGUACCCUGUACAAACAGAGAAUGGAUUCUUCGUUACCCCCUGGGAGGCAGGUUACAGUGUGGAAUACAAGGCUGAAGCAAUUGCAACCUAUGAGUAUCCAAACGGGUGCUUCUGGCAAAGCGAGCAAGGUCUUGCUAUUCGAAAUGGUCCGAAACUGUAA